GAUAGAAAUUAGUGAGCAUUGAGCGCUACACUACCCAGGUUCUUCCACUGUCCGAAUCUUACAACUUUCAUUUCCAGAUUCAUUUGCUAUGACAUUCUGAAAUAAUGACUAACCAAACGCUGCGUUUCACACUCCUUCUUCUUCUCUGCACCACCGUCUUCUCCUGGAAGAAAGAUGAAUUCCGUAACUGCAACCAAACCCCAUUCUGCAAACGCGCUCGAUCUCGCUCCCCCGGUUCCUCUGACCUCAUCGCCACCCACGUCACCAUCUCCGACGGUGAUCUCACCGCUAACCUAAUCCCCAAAUCCCAACCCGAUUCAUCAAAACCCUUACUCCUCACUCUCUCCGUUCAUCAAGACGGAAUCCUCCGUCUCAUCAUCGACGAAAACGAACACUCUUCCUCCAAGAAACGCUUCCACGUCCCCGACGUCGUCGUUUCUCAAUUCGCCAACACCAAACUCUGGCUUCCUCGCAUCAAUUCAGAAGAUCUAAACGGUCCUUCUUCUUCUGUCUACCUCUCCGACGGUUACUCCGCUGUAAUCCGUCACGAUCCUUUUGAGCUUUUCAUCCGCGACGAUAACUCUGGUGACCGGGUAAUUUCCAUUAACUCACACGGUUUAUUCGAUUUUGAACAGUUGAGAGAGAAAAACGAAGAUGAAAAUUGGGAAGAGAGUUUCCGAACACAUACCGAUAAAAGACCAUACGGUCCUCAAUCGAUUAGCUUCGAUGUUUCGUUCUAUGAUGCUGAUUUUGUUUAUGGUAUUCCCGAACGUGCUACCAGUCUUGCUUUGAAACCUACCAGAGGGCCUAAUGUUGAAGAAUCUGAACCUUAUAGGUUAUUCAAUUUGGAUGUUUUUGAAUAUAUUCAUGAUUCGCCCUUUGGACUUUACGGUUCGAUUCCGUUCAUGCUUUCUCACGGUAAGGGGAGGGGGACUAAUGGUUUUUUCUGGCUGAACGCCGCGGAGAUGCAAAUUGAUGUUCUUGCCUCUGGUUGGGAUGCUGAGUCGGGGAUUUCGCUUCCUACUUCGCAGAAUAGGAUUGAUACUAUGUGGAUGAGUGAAGCUGGUGUUGUUGAUGCUUUUUUCUUUGUUGGGCCGCGGCCGAAAGAUGUUUUGAGACAGUAUGCUGCUGUGACGGGAGGUUCGGCAUUGCCUCAGAUGUUUGCGGUGGCUUAUCAUCAGUGUCGGUGGAAUUAUCGUGAUGAGGAGGAUGUUAAGAAUGUUGAUGCAAAGUUCGAUGAAUAUGAUAUUCCUUAUGAUGUUUUGUGGCUUGAUAUUGAACAUACUGACGGGAAGAGGUAUUUUACUUGGGAUAGAGUUCUUUUCCCUAAUCCUGAGGAGAUGCAGAAGAAAUUGGAUGGUAAGGGAAGGCGCAUGGUUACCAUCGUGGAUCCUCAUAUUAAGAGAGAUGAGAAUUUUCAUCUGCAUAAGGAGGCGUCAGAGAAAGGGUAUUACACUAAGGAUUCCAGUGGGAAUGAUUUUGAUGGUUGGUGCUGGCCUGGUUCUUCGUCUUACCCGGAUACUUUGAACCCCGAAAUUAGGUCAUGGUGGGCUGAUAAGUUUUCUUAUCAAAGUUAUGUGGGUUCAACUCCUUCACUUUACAUAUGGAAUGAUAUGAACGAACCUUCUGUCUUUAAUGGUCCUGAGGUGACAAUGCCUAGAGAUGCCUUACAUUAUGGAGGUGUGGAACAUCGGGAGUUGCAUAAUGCCUAUGGGUAUUACUUCCACAUGGCAACAUCUGAAGGGCUAUUGAAGCGUGGUGAAGGGAAAGACAGGCCAUUUGUUUUGUCAAGAGCAUUGUUUGCCGGAAGUCAAAGGUAUGGUGCAAUUUGGACUGGCGAUAACUCUGCCGAUUGGGAUCACCUUAGAGUUUCCGUUCCUAUGGUUUUGACCCUCGGUCUUACCGGGAUGUCAUUCUCUGGUGCUGAUGUUGGUGGGUUUUUUGGGAAUCCGGAUCCUGAGUUAUUGGUCCGCUGGUACCAGUUAGGAGCUUACUAUCCUUUCUUUAGGGCCCAUGCCCAUCACGACACAAAAAGACGAGAACCAUGGUUGUUUGGAGAACGAAAAACAGAAUUAAUUAGGGAUGCUAUACAUGUUCGUUAUGCACUUCUCCCAUAUUACUACACAUUAUUCAGGGAGGCUAACACUACUGGCGUUCCUGUGGCUCGCCCAUUAUGGAUGGAAUUCCCAUCUGAUGAAGCUACUUUUAGCAAUGAUGAAGCUUUCAUGGUCGGGAGCAGUAUUUUAGUGCAAGGGAUCUAUACUGAGCGAGCCAAGCAUGCAUCAGUCUAUCUGCCUGGAAAACAAUCGUGGUAUGAUCUAAGAACUGGAACUGUGUACAAGGGAGGGGUGACACACAAGUUAGAUGUUACAGAGGAGAGCAUUCCUGCUUUCCAGAGAGCUGGAACCAUUCUAACGAGGAAGGACCGGUUUCGGCGAAGUUCCAGUCAGAUGACAAAUGAUCCCUUCACUCUGGUUGUAGCUCUGAAUAGUUCCCAAGCAGCUGAAGGUGAAUUGUACAUUGAUGAUGGCAGCAGUUUUGGUUUUCUAGAAGGUGCCUUUAUCCAUAGACGUUUUAUUUUUGCAAAUGGGAAACUUUCUUCUGUAGACCUGGCACCUACUUCUGGUGGAAAUGUUCGUCAUACAUCAGAUGUUGUUAUUGAGAGGAUUAUCGUGCUAGGUCAUGCUCAUGGCUCAAAGAAUGCACUGAUUGAGACCUCAAAUCAAAAAGUUGAUAUAGAACUUGGACCGCUUUGGGUUCAAAGGGCACAUUCACCAGCUUUCAUGACCAUACGUAAACCCAAUGUCCGUGUUGCAGAAGAUUGGACUAUCAAAAUUUUGUAACUGGUAGUGGAAAAUAUUUGGUUCUUUAGUUGAGUUGAUAUGAAGUUCAACUGCAAAAGUUAGGAUAAGGAGAAAAGAAGUCUUGAAGAAUGGCUGUGCACAAAUACAAUUUCAGCGGCUUGUUUAGUGACUUAGGAUUUGAGAAUUUGAGAGAUGUAUGCUUGGAACUUGUGAAUCCAAUGUAGCCUACGGACUUAAUUUGGUAACGAUAAUUUUUAUCAUCUGGAAUGGUCAUCUGUGUUGGCUUUUAUAAAGUACAUUGAUAAAUGUAAUAAUGUUACUUUAUAUAAGUUCCUUGCAAAAUCAAAUUAGUUAGUUAUUUUGACAGGA